AUGCGGAGCACAAUUAUUGCUAUUGGAGUUUUUCUCCUUUGGAUUUCUAUUAAACUGUGGUACACUGAAGCAGUAAUUUUUAAACUUACAAAUGCAGUUUGUGAGUCUUACAAUGAAUCUUGGUUUGUCAUUCACCAAUGUCGUUUGCGUGCUGUUAAUCGCGUUAAGAUAACGUUUAAUUUUAAUGGAAUUGUCCUUCAUCCUGCUAACAAUAUAUCAGUCAAUGGCCAAAUCUUCAAGAAAGCAAAUGGAUACAAGCCGUGGGUCUUAAAGGCAUCCAUUGAUGUCUGCCGAUUUUUGAAGAAAACUUAUAAUCCAUUUGCGAUAUUAGUUUUUAACCUCUUUAAAGAAUUCACGAAUUUUAACCAUUCAUGCCCAUUCAUGGGCCCGCAAAUUGUUGAUGGAUUUUAUCUUCGACCUGAGCUAUUACGCCUUCCUUUUCCAAGUGGCGAAUAUUUAUUUGAAAUAACUUGGUUAUUUGAUAAGAAGCCACAAUUCGCAACAAACGUAUAUUUUGUAUUUACAGAGGAUUUGUAA